AUGUCCUAUCCAGGCCAGCACGGCUACGGCGCCCAGCCGCACGGCGGGGGCUACGGCCAGUACCCUCCCCAGGGAGGUUACGGCGGCUACCCUCCUCAGGGCGGCCAAUAUCCUCCCCCUCAGCAGGGCGGCUACUACCAACAACCACCUCCCGGCCAAUAUCCUCCUCAAGGUGGCCACUACCCCCCUCAGGGCCCUCCGCCGGGCCAGUAUCCUCCACAGGGCGGAUACCCGCCUCAAGGCGGCGGCUACGGCGCACCGCCCCCGAUCCCCCCGUCACCCUACGGCGCACCCCCCGGCCCGCCCCCGAACCAGUCCUACGGCGCUCCCCCGCCUCAGAACUACGGGCCCCCGACGCCCGCCUCCAUCGGCUACGGCCCGCCGCAGAUCAUCAACUGGGACGCUACGCCCGACGCGACGGCCGCCCGCAACGCCAUGAAGGGCUUCGGCACCGACGAGAAGACGCUCAUCCGCUGCCUCGCCACCAAGGACCCCCUGCAGAUCCUGGCCAUCAGGGACGCCUUCCAGCGGAACUUCCGGCGCGACCUCGAGACGGACAUCAAGAAGGAGACGAGCAGCUGGUUCCAGAAGGGCAUGGUGUCCGUCGCGCGCGGCCCGCUGCGCUCCGACGUCUACAACCUGUUCGAGGCCAUGGACGGGCUCGGCACCAAGGAGAGCGUGCUCAACGACGUGCUGCUCGGCCGCUCAAACGCCGACAUGCAGGCCAUCAAGAGCGCGUACCAGCAGACCUUCAAGCGCCGCCUCGAGGACGACGUCAAGGGCGACCUGAGCAUGAAGACGGAGAGGCAUUUCCUCAUUGUACUCGGUGCCAACCGCGCGGAGGACUCUGCGCCGGUGAUUCCCCAGCAGGUCGACCAGGACGUCAUGGACCUGUACCGCGCCACCGAGGGCAAGAUCGGCACGGACGAGAUGCUGGUGUGCAGCAUCCUCAGCACGCGCAACGAUAACCAGAUCCGCGCCAUCAACCAGGCGUACGAGCAAAAGUUCAGGAGGAAACUGGAGGACGUCAUCAAGAAGGACGAACAGGAGUUUUCGGGCCAUAUGGAGGACGCGCUCCUCUUCCAGCUCCGCCACGCCGUCGACAAGUACAUGCACGCGGCCAAGCUCCUCGAGGACUCGAUGGCCGGCCUCGGCACCAAGGACCACCUGCUCGUCGCGCGCGUCGUCCGUUUUCACUGGGACAAGAACUUCCUGGCCAAUGUCAAGGGGGCGUACCAGGCCAAGUACAACCGCAGCCUGGCGAGCAGGAUCAAGGGCGAGACGAGCGGCGACUACCAGCGCCUCAUGCUGGCGUGUAUUGGCGAGCAGAUCUAA